AUGGAGUUCACAAGUCAAGUCCUUCUCUUCCCCCCGGAACGCCUAGAAUCAUAUCAAUCACCCACAAAGACGAGUAUCUCGGAAGAACACAGCAAGUCCUACGCAGAGAAGAGGUUUAUCGAGCUCAGAGAGCACAAGCUAUGCCGUAGUGUCAAAAAGACUCUUGACAGCAAACCUCUCCAACAGCCCGAGGUCAAAGGCGGCAGCCAUGGCCCGGUACCCGGCCGGGUUCAGGUGCAAGUGGUCCCCGGUGUCGUACUCGGGCCGCAGCCUGGCCCCGUCCGCCGGGUCCCGCACCGCCGCGUCAAAGUCGACGACGGCGUCGAACCGCCCGGCCUCGCGGAUCCACGCGUUGACCCGCUGCCGCGCGGCCUCCCGCUCGGGCGUCCCGUACGCCUGCCCCUCGCCCGUGAACGGCGUGAUCGUCGCCCCGAACACGGCCAUCCCGCGCCCGUGCAGCCGCGUGACGACCUGCUCGUACGCGCCGACCAGCCCGUCCGCCACGCGCUCCUGGGCCGCGGCCGUCGAGCCCGCCGUGCCCAUGUCGUUGACGCCCUCGAACACGAGCGCCCACGCGGCGCCGCUGCGCCCCACGACGUCCCGCCCGAUGCGGCCCAGCGCGUUGGGCCCCAGGCCGUCGGCCAGCACGCGGUUGCCGCCCGCCGCCUCGUUGACCACGGCGACGGCGGCGCCCGCGCCCCGCAGGCGCGCCUGCAGCGCGUCGGUCCACCGGUCGUUGCCGUUGGUCGUGCUGCCGCGCCCGUCGGUGAUGCUGUCGCCCACGGCGACCAGGGCCGCCGCGGCGCGCGGCAGCCACGCCUCGACGGAGGCGAGCAAGUACCAGUGGUCCGCGCGGCCGGCGCCGGGGAGCGCCGCGAGGUCCGGCGCGUCGAGGCCGUUGCCCGGCGCCAUGUGGCUGGUCGUGCGGCUGCCGGGGUGGCCCGUGACGGCGUUGGUGGCCUGCCCGCGCGCGAGGUAGAUCGUCACCGCCAGGUCGGACUGGGCCUCGAGCGGGAGGUCGAGCGGGUCCGAGAUGGCCAGGGCGCCGUUGGGGACGGUGAACGAGGCGGAGGAGCCGCCGGAGAAUGUGACGGGGCGGGACGAGCCGGGGACGAUGGCGCUGGAGCCCGAGGCGGAGCCGUUGACCGAGCCCGAGCCCGGAGCCGGUAUGGCUACCGAGACGGCGGUGAUGGGCAGGUCGGAGCCGCCGAAGGCGUUGCUGAUCCGGAGCCGUAUGGUCUUGGCAGCCAGGCCGACCCGCACCGUCUGGCGGAGCGUGGCGUUUUGAAAGACGACGCCCGUUUGGUUCUAUUGGAGAAUGAUGUCAGGUUUCGACUUGUGUGUACGACAUAUAUAUGA